GGUUGACAAUGAACAUUGAUCUAAAAACGCAGGUGCAGGAGAUUGUAGCCUGGAGAAUUUGUUAACGAUUCGAUUCGAACAGUCGAAACAACUAGAAAUGAUCUUUUUCUCUCUCCUUCUCUCCGCAACAGUCCCAAAAAUCUCUCAAAUCCCACUUUUAUUAUUUUUUAAUUAAUUAAUUAAUUAUUAUUUUAUUUUUCAUUUUCAUUCUCCAUGAGAUUCAUAGACAGAGAGCUUCAAAUAUACAUUUCAAUUUUUUCAUACAUAAAUAUGUAAUGUUUGAUUCAAAAUUAUUUAAUUAAGAAAAGAAAAUAACAUUAAUUUAUGGAAAAAAGAAACGAGGUUGAAGGAGAAGAAGAAGAAGAAGAAGAGGAAUCGAUUUUGUCUGUUGUACUCUGUAACGUGGUUUCACUCACAAAUGAAGGAUCGUAGAAAGAGAAGCGACGUCGUCGUUUCGUGGAGCAGAUUCUUCUGGUGCACCAUCGUCGUCGUCUUCACUUGCGUAUUUAUCUCCGGCUUUACCUUCUCCACUUUUCGUAUUCUCUUUCAAGUAGGUAAAAUCGAACCAGUAGUAAUUUUAAGAUGGAGAGCUAUGCCGGAGAAAUCAAUCUCCGGCAACUCAUUGGAUAUCCUUUCCUCGAUUUCUAUCAGAGAAGUAAUUAUUCUACCGGAUCAAGCUUUAGUUUUCCUAAGUUACCCUCGGUCGGCUCAGUUAUUUACAGAAGAGGACAUAGAUUGUGUUUAUUCCUCUGUGAACAUCUCCACCAAACGAAGACUAGUGCAGAAGUCACCCAUUUCCGUGGACCGUAACGAGCCUAAUAGUCAGAUCGUACGGUGUCGUCUCCCGCCACGUGGCUUUUCGGUAACGGCCGGAUUGAAACCUAAAGACAACGACGACGACAUCCCAGUUUAUCUCCCAACGAACAAUCGAUGGGACUCGCUCGCGUACGAAGCCCUAAUCGAUCGGGACAACACAACGAUCGUGUUCGUCAAAGGAUUUAAUCUACGGCCAGAAAGAAUCUCCAACGCUUCGAAAUUCGAAUGCGUUUACGGCUGGGAUUUCAAAAGCCCCAAAUUCCUUCUCCGAUCAGAAGUAAUCUCAAUCGCACAGGAGAUCGUACGGUGCAAAACGCCUCUGACAUUAUUGAGUGGCUCGAUGAGACUGAACAGCUCAGUCAUCAAGGUCUCCGUACGAAUGAAAGGUAGGGGAACCAUAAAUACCGUAGCUCGACCGAAACUUAGAACUGAACCCGACCCGUAUUCGACCCGAAAAGCUCACGAGAUGUGUGUAUGUACCAUGGUCCGAAACCAAGCCCGGUUUUUGAAGGAAUGGGUUAUGUACCACUCCAUAAUAGGAGUUGAACGCUGGUUCAUCUACGAUAACAACAGCAACGACGAUCUCGAUGUAGUGGUCGAGUCGUUACGAGCCCAGAAAUACAACAUCACGCGGCACGUGUGGCCGUGGGUGAAGACCCAAGAAGCCGGGUUCGCUCACUGCGCGGUUCGGGCACGAGACACGUGCGAAUGGGUUGGGUUUAUAGACGUGGACGAGUUCAUUCACCUGCCCACGAAUUUACUCCUUCACGAUGUUCUAACCAAUCAGACGGAGCACAACGAACACGUGGCGGAGCUUCGUACGUCCUGUCACAGUUUCGGGCCAUCGGGGCUUAAACACGUGCCAUCUAAAGGAGUAACUGUGGGGUACACGUGUCGUCUUGCUAUUGCGGAGAGACACAAGAGUAUUGUGAAACCGGAAGCACUGAAUUCGUCUCUGAUCAAUGUUGUGCACCAUUUUCAUCUAAAGAAUGGGUUUGAUUACGUGAAUGUGGAUAGAGGAGUUAUGGUUAUUAAUCAUUAUAAGUACCAAGUAUGGGAAGUGUUUAAGGACAAGUUUUAUAGAAGAGUAGCUACUUAUGUGGCUGAUUGGCAAGAUGACCAGAAUGUGGGGUCCAAGGAUAGGGCCCCUGGGCUGGGGACUAGAGCCGUGGAGCCACCUGAUUGGUCUGAUAGAUUUUGUGAGGUUACAGAUACUGGGCUAAGGGAUCGAGUUCUUCAGCGUUUUUCUGACCCUUUUACACAUACUUUGCCAUGGCAAAAACCAAAGGAGGAACUUAAUAAUGAUAAUGAUAGUAAUAAUAAUCAGAAGAAGAAGAAGAGCAGGAGGAAGAUACUUAGAGGGUUGUUAUGAUUUUUUGUGAAAUUUUACAACUUUGAAUUGUUGGGUUGGGUUGGGUGAAAAGAGAGAAUUAGGUGUAGUUUUUGUUCUUAUGAUAUGAAGUUAUGUAGAGAUUGAUUAUAUUUUUUUUUUGUGUAGAUAGAUUUAAUAACACGGUUAAAUGAAUUUAUAAAUGCUUGCUAACUUUUUGCACUAUGUAUAUAUAUAUAUAUAUUUAUGUUGUUAAUUAUAUGGUUUUAAGUUAA